AUUACAUUCAUUUGCUCAUUUUUAGGUACUCACUUGAGAGCUUCAUAAUAUAGUACUCUAUACUCUCAUUCAGUUACCUUUAAGAGAGUGAAUUGUACGUGUUACUCCACUACACUUACCUUACAGCCAUUAUUAACCGCUGACUUUCUGGAUUAGGACUUUCCCAUCUUUGAAUGCUUGUUACCUCUUACAAAAAAAGCAGUAUCCACUUCCUUGUCAUGGUUAAGAUGUCAAGUAGUUCAAAAUAGAGCUCCUCCUAUAACGGUUUGAUUCAUUUAUAUAUAUUUAUUUUAAUUUUAAUUGGUUAGACACAUACAUACACAUAGUAACCUCAAACAGAUGCCGACUACAACAACAACAAAAGGACAGUACAUGUUGACAUUAUAAAUAACAUGUAACACAAUAGAGGGAUACACAGUACAGAAUGUCAUUUUACAUUUACAUUACAUUUUAAAGGUAAUAUAUUAUUCUCCUUUUUAACUAGUUUAAAUACGCUGCAGAGCUCCCCUAAACAUGUCUGUGAAGUUUCUUGUUAAAAAAAUCCACUCUGAUCCAUCAUGUCUAUAAGCCCCUCUACUUCAGCCCUGCUCAGAACAGGCUGUUUCUGUGUCUGUAGCUUUAAAUGUAAAUGAGCUGUGUUUGACCACGCCCCCUCUCUGGAAGAUGAGGUGGCUUUGGCUUUCUUGCUCCAUGCCCUUUUUUUUUUACGGUGAGAAGGCAGACUCAGAGGGCAGAACAAACACCUAGCUGUGGGAGUGUUAUCCACCUGGAGGAGGGGUUACUGGUCUUUGUGAUGUCACAAAGGGUUGCCGUGGAGCCAUCGUGGUUGCAGAGGCACGCUCAGUGGACGAGCCGGUGCUAACCCGUCGCUGCGUCAUCAUGAAGGUGAUGGACUUCACCACCGAGAAAUUCAUGGAGGCUCAGAGACAAAAUGCUGCUGCCAUUCUGCUCCUGCUGCCCAAAAAUAUCUCCAGUAUCCCCCAUGACAGCAUACAGUUCUUCAUGGUGAGCGAGAGUGCAGUCUUGCUGAAGGAGACCCUCAUGCCUGUGUACGUGGCACCUGAGGAUGAACAGCUGCUUUGCAUGUAUGAGGAGGUCAAGCAGGCCGCAGCUACCCGGACCUCAUCUGUAUUUAUCAGAGUCCUUCGCAGUAUGGUCACAGCCACCGCCUUUCAGAUCCUUGUGAGCAACAACACCCCGAUAAAGGCCUUCAAUGACAACGCUGUAGUCACACUGGAGGGAGUUCUAGCUGGAGCCGGCGAGGAUCCACCCACCAUUGUCAUCACUGCCCACUAUGACUCCUACGGGCUGGCACCAUGGCUGUCUUAUGGAGCAGACUCGAAUGGCAGUGGGGUCACCAUCCUGCUGGAAUUGGUGCGUCUGUUUCAGAAGCUUUACAGAAGUCCGAGCACCAGACCGCCAUAUCAUUUAAUGUUCUCUUUAACCGGAGGGGGGAAAUAUAAUUUUCUUGGCACAAAGAGAUGGAUUGAAGAGAAUCUGGACCACGCUGAGUCCAGCCUGCUCCAUGACAAUGUGGCGUUUGUUCUGUGUUUGGACACACUGGCCAACAGUGAUGAACUGUACAUGCAUGUGUCCCGCCCUCCUAAGCCUGACACUCCCAUGCAUGCUUUCAUUCAACAGCUGGAGGAGGUGGUGUCAUCUCGAUUCCCCUGGGUGAAGGUGGGAUUGGUCCACAAGAAGAUCAAUCUUGUGGAGUCUGCAGUGGCCUGGGAGCACGAGCGCUACAGCCUGCGCAGGAUACCAAGCUUCACUCUGUCUCACCUGGAAGACCCCAAAUCUGAACUCAGAGGCUCCAUACUAGACACCAUGUCACAAGUGGACUUGAGGAAACUUAAGCGUAACGGCAUCAUCAUAGCAGAAGCACUGGCACAUUAUAUGUACAACCUCUCCGACAAGGGGUCACCAAAAGAUAUUCAGCUUUUCAAGGGCCAGAUGGACUUUUACGACAGUCGCAUUUCUAAUCUGAUGUCUGUCUUGACAUCGGUCCCUCGGGCAACCCAGUUGCUGGAUAAGGAGCCCGGUCAUGUUUUGCUGGUUAACUCACUUGAGCAGGAGUUCAAACAUUACCUACAGCAAGUUCAUAAACACACCUUCAGACAAGACAAGAGGGACCCUGAUAUUACAUUUUAUGAUCAAAUGAACCAACCGAUAGUGAUGUACAGAGUAAAGCCUGCAGCCUUUGAUCUCUUCCUUGGCGGCUGUAUUGCAGCCUACUUGGGGAUAAUUUAUUAUGCCAUUCAGAACUUUGGGUUUUUCUACACAAAGCUCAAAGCAGCAGUGAAGUCCAAGCAGCAGUAAAUCAGACUGAAUACUGGGAGUGUGGGACACAGGAUUUGGAUUGUGAAUGUUGGACCCCGGCUUCAAUGGCAUAACAUCAAAGCAACCCAAUAAGAGUCUUUCUACAUUUUUUUCUUCUUUUUGUACCUUUUAUUCUACACAGAUUCACUGUGCUGUAAACUAGUUAUUAAAUGAACAUCAGAAUCAGAA